GCAGAAAGAAGAAGCCUUCCAAAUUCCCCUAAGGCCGGCUUUCAAGCAAUGGCCACGCCGCCACCCCUGACGCGCCCGCACGAGUCCGAGCCGAAGCUGGUCAAGACUCCCGACGCGCACAUCUCGAACGGGGCCUCCAAGGAGGGCAUCCCCGACUACGAGGACUCGCAGCACAGCGCACACGCGCAAGGUUACGACUCUCUGGAAGAGUACGAGAGUUACUUCUCCAAAAUCGUCAUCUCCAACAGCGAAGAGACCAGGGCGUCGGCCAGCGAGGACAACAAAGGUGGCGACGAGGACGAAGAGGCCGAGCGGCUGGUGCCUAUCGACCGCCUGCGCGAGCUGCUGGACCCGGCCGUGCUGACAGGCUCGGUGUACCCGUCUCACGUGCGCGAACUGCGCCUGCUCAGCGAAGAGGCGCACCGCUGGCUGUCGCGACGCACCAUCGGGGGACCACUGGGCCUGGACCUUGGCUGCGGACCCAUGGUGCAGUUCCCGCUGCUGCUCGCCAACGGAUACGUCGACACCCUGGUGGUCGCCCACUUCCUGGACCAGACGCGCUCCUUGCUCCAGACUUGGCUGCGGGACGACCGCGACAACGCGCUCAACCUGAACGGCAUGCUCGGCGCCACCGCGCAGCUCACCGGCAAGAC